AUAAGCCCGCUCCAAGAACCAACAAACCCAUAGCUGUUGAGGCCCAGAUACUUCACUAUAAAUACAAGAGAGAGAAUUUUCUCACUCCUCUUUUCGAACGAAUCGGAUCUAGGGUUCUUACAAAUUUUUUGUGCCCUUCUCUUCAAUCUUCAGAGAAGAUGCCGCGAUACGAUGAUCGGUAUGGUGGUACACGCCUCUAUGUUGGACAUUUGUCUUCCAGAACGCGAUCUCGAGACUUGGAGGACGUCUUUAGCAGAUAUGGGAGAGUACGUGAUGUGGAUAUGAAGCGUGACUAUGCUUUUGUGGAAUUUAGUGAUCCUCGAGAUGCCGAUGAUGCAAGAUACGGCCUAAAUGGGCGAGACGUUGAUGGAAGCCGCAUUAUUGUGGAGUUCGCAAAAGGGGUCCCUCGUGGUCCAGGUGGAUCUCGAGAGUUUGGCGGCAGAGGUCCUCCUCCAGGUACAGGUCGUUGCUUUAAUUGUGGACUUGAUGGCCAUUGGGCUCGAGAUUGUAAGGCUGGGGACUGGAAGAACAAGUGUUACCGCUGUGGGGAUCGAGGUCAUAUAGAAAGAAACUGUCAGAAUAGCCCCAAGAAAUUGAAACGUGGACGAAGUUAUUCCCGCUCACCAUCUCCUCGUCGUGGCAGAAGUCGCAGCCGCAGUUACAGCAGAGGUCGUAGCUACAGCCGUUCCAGAUCUCCUGUGAAGAGGGACCGUAGCAUUGAGCGUGAAGAGAGAAGAUCAAGGACUCGUAGCAUUGAGCGUGAAGAGAGAAGAUCAAGGACUCGUAGCAUUGAGUACGAAGAGAGAAGAUCAAGGAGUCCCCGUCACCGUAGAUCAUCAUCACGUCCAUCGAAGGGAAGGAAACACAGCCUUUCACCUGAUGAAAGAAGUCCACAAGAGAGAGGUACGCCAUCACCAAGGGGCGAUAGCAUGAGCCCUAAAGAUGAUGCUAGAAUGGAUGAUCGUAGAGAUUUGAGCCCCGUUGAAGAAAAUGGCCGCAGUCGCAGCAAUAGCCCAAUCCAUAGGGAGAACGGAAGCCCAGUGGAUGACAGGAGCCCAACGGGUAACUAUGAAAAUGGUUCUCAAAGGGGCAGCGAGUCACCCUAAAAAGUGCAUAUGAUAAAGUCAGUGUAUGUUUGACUCAUUAAAUUAUUACCGUCCUUGCCCUGUGAUUUUUAUAGUACCUUUUCGUUAUAUUUGGAAACCAUGUGAUUGAAUUAUUUAGAAUAACCUGAAUUUGAAACUGUCUUGCA